AUGAAUCAACAUGAAGUCCAACAGAGUCGCUUGGUGAACGCGUUACACAAUCUGCCAAGAUUUUGCCAUGGCAGUGCCAUUGCCAUUGCCAGUCUGGCAUCCGAUGACAGAAGUACUCGAGAAGACUACAUCCGAGGGAUGCUGAGUUUCUGCUUCUUUCUACUUCUGAUUGUCUACCUCUGGGUCUUCGUGUUGAUUGUAUUGAAGCUGGCCUUUCCCCACAAAUGGGUUGGCUGUGCGGCUGGAGGAAAAACAUUGGAUGUGGCCAAGAUGCGAAAGGCGAAAAUACCACGGCACAUAAGACGAAAACAAAUUCUGAGAGCAUGGAGACUCCAAUGGCUCUUUCUAGUUUGCUCCAUUCUGAUACCUGUCAUGACACUACUCAUGACCAGGAACGGGUUGUCACCUUUCCUCAACAGUCUGGAUGAAGUUGGAAGCAUCAAUAAUGAAGUAGAGGCAGUUGCCUUUCGUGGCAUGGCAAUUGCAGAAAGCCUGCAGACAGUCAGAAGCAAUUUGGCCAACAUUUCCAAGACUCAACAACAAGAACAACUGCAGCACAUUGACUUGGAUACACUUUGUCCAUCACUGAACAACUCAUCUUUUAACGACACCAACUCGUCCAUGCCGGCAUUGCCACCCAUUACUACAAUCCACCAAUACAUUGAUACUGUAAAGACCUUCAUUAACUAUUAUGUCCCAAUCAGUAGUGGCCAUUGGAGAAAUCGGCCUAGAUUAUGA